AUGGCAGCAGAGCCGCUGACUGAGCUGGAAAUGGCCAUUGAGACGGUGGUUACCACCUUUUUCACCUUCUCAGUGCAGGAGGGCAAGAAGGGCAGCCUCAGCCUCAAUGAAUUUAAGGAACUGGUCACUCAGCAGUUGCCUAACCUGCUCAAGGAUGUUGGCUCCCUAGAUGAGAAGAUGAAGAGCUUGGAUGUGAACCAGGACUCUGAGCUCAAGUUCAAUGAAUACUGGAGGCUGAUUGGGGAGCUGGCCAAGGAGAUGAGGAAGGAGAAGGCCCUGGAGAUGAAAAAGAAGUAA